UUGGCGGCCGUAACCAAUAGCUGUUUCGGUUGUCGGUCACCGGUUGAGCGUUUUAGCGACCUCGGUUGUGCUGUGAUCACGUGACUGUUCCGACCAAAGUUGAACCAAGAGCCGGGCCUGGUUGCCACUCGAGAAAUAAAGAUGGCGGAAAGCUAUUGGAGAACAGUUACGCUGUGCCAUGCUGGCCAGGAGUAUAGUGUCACUCUGGAUGGGCCAAGCGCAGCCAGACUGCUUUCUGGAGAUGUAGAAUUUGCAGAGCGGGUUCUGGAAAAUGUUAAGAAAACACAGGGAGAAACUGAUGUAUCGGCAACUUUGCCCACGGAAACUGUAUCGGCAACUUUGCCCACGGAAACAGAUGUAUCGGCAACUUUGCCCACGGAAACAGAGUCAUCAAGCACCAAUGAAGUGGCUUCCAAAUACGUUUGGACUGGCAACAAGUCAGAAGCUGGACGAAAGCAGGACAGAGCAGCCACUUUCCAGCUUCUGGACAUUGUUGGUUCCGAUAAAUAUAGACAAAUGUUCAGAGAUGAUAAGACUAGGAAGGCGUCAAUAUGGAAGCAAGUGGUAGUGGAAAUGAAAAAUGCUGGCAUCAAACUUGAUGACGACAACAAAACAGCAGCACACAAAUGUGAUCAGAAGUAUCGCAAUUUAGAGCGCCAAUACAAAGAUUUUGUCCAAUACAUGAACACGACCGGUAAGGGCAAAAAAAGUAAACCCGAAUACUAUGAGGAAAUGGCUGCCCUUUGGGGAGACAAACACACUGUGAGGCCAGUGGCUCUUGUGGAUACAAUACUUCCUCAGGUUGUGACGGCACCAGAAGAGGCUAACAUGCCUGAAUCUGUACGGCCGAAACCUAGUGUUGCAAAAAAAAGGAAAUCCAAAUCUUCAGAAAUUGUAGAGAUACUUGGCAAAAUGCAAAAAGAAGACCAUGAGAGACAGACUAAAGUCAUAGAGACUGUUGAGAAAAUGUCAGAGGCCAUAAAUCAAAGGCAUCAGCAACAGCUACAGGAAGACAGGGCCCAGUUUCAGGAAUAUGUCAAAAUGCACAAUGAAAAAAUGGAAAUGCAGCGUAGAUUGAUUGAGGCACUCACAAGCAAACAUUCAUAGGAAACCUCAAUCACUUAAUAAAUGUGGACAAGGAUAAUCCUUAAGUAAUGUUAUUUAUAUAAGAAAACAAGUGAAAAUGGUUCAAUUAUUAGAGUUCUUUCUCAGUAGUAAGAGUGUGUCUUUUAAAUAUACCACAGGGAGUAACUAAAUUUGGAAGGAGUCUUCGUCAAUAAAAUAACACACUAAAACUUCCGUUUUGCAUUAAGCAAAGUUUAAAACAUAUUUAUUCCAAGCAGUGUAAAUAAAUAAAUAAAAGAUACAAGUAAAUAAGUAACAGUUCUCCUGCGAAAUUUGAUUGAAAAUGAAGUAAAUAAAAAAAACCUGAAAAACAAAAUUGUAACAGAUAGACCUUUCAAGGUAGAGUACA